CUCUCCCGGACCAUGUGAUCCGCGCGGCCCGGAUCGCGAUCGCGGCGGUGGCGGCUGCAGCUGCAGCAGCUGAGGCAGCUGAACUGACUCGGAGCGAGGAGACCCGAGGAAGCGGACGCGGCCCUGGCGCCGGCCCCGCGCGCUCACCAUGGCGAUGCAUUUCAUCUUCUCAGAUACAGUGGUGCUUCUGUUUGAUUUCUGGAGUGUCCACAGUCCUGCUGGCAUGGCCCUUUCGGUGUUGGUGGUCCUGCUUCUGGCUGUGCUAUAUGAAGGCAUCAAGGUUGGCAAAGCCAAGCUGCUCCACCAGGUGCUGGUGAACCUGCCUACCUGCAUCAGCCAGCAGGCUAUCGCAGAGACAGAUGGGGAGUCUGCAGGCUCAGAUUCAUCCCCUGUCAGCAGAACCCACCACAGGUGGUAUUUGUGUCACUUUGGCCAGUCUCUAAUCCAUGUCGUCCAGGUGGUCAUCGGCUACUUCAUCAUGCUGGCCGUAAUGUCCUACAACACCUGGAUUUUCCUUGGUGUGGUCCUGGGCUCUGCUGUGGGCUACUACCUAGCUUACCCACUUCUCAGCGUGGCUUAGCUGGUGAGGAAUGUGUAGGCACUGAGGCUGGAGGGACAUGGGGCUCCCUCUUCCAGACAUUGUACUUCCAGUGGCCCUUUCUUCUGAUGGCUGUUCCUCCCCCUUGUUCGCAGCCCCUGGGAAUGUUGAGCUGAAGCCAGCACUUGCUCCCUGGAGUUCGGACGCCAUUGCAGCAACCUUCUUCUCAGCCAGUCUGCACGGGGCCCAGGCCUGGUCUUGUGUCUUAAGACAGCUGCUGUGACCAAAGGGAGAAUGGCGAGAACAGGGGUGGCAGGGUUGCUGAGCCCAGGACAAUGCAUUUCUGUGACUCAAACCAGGAAUUUCCAAAGAUUUCAAGGCAGGGAGAAGGGUUCUUGGUGAUGUAGGGCAUGGAACCUGGACACCCUUAGCUCUCCUGCUUUGUGCCUUAUCUACAGGAGCGUCAUCCAUUGGACUCCCCGACCUCUUCUGUCUUUGAGGGACAGAGAACAAGCUAGAUCAUUUUUCUCACCUUUCUGCCUUUGGAAUACAUGAAGAUCAUCUCUUCUGUGGAUGAUGACACACUAACAUUUUUUUAUUUUUCCCAUUAAACUCCUAGUUGGCAAUUUUGCACAUUCAUAUAAAAAUUUUUAAUGAAAUGAUUUCAUUUUAUUCAUGAUGGAUAGCAGCAACUGCUGGGACCUAUUUCCCUUUCUUGGGGGGAGAAUAAGUGACAGCUGAUUAAAGGCAGAAACACAGGACUGCUUUCAGGCUUCUGGUUAAUUCUCUGAUAGACUGAGCUCCUUCUACCAGAAGGCACUGCCUGCAGGAAGAAUCAUCUGAUGGCCUUGGCUGUCCGGAAAGUUCUUCAUGGCCUUAAUGCCCUCCUUUAUCCUCAUCUUUCUUCUACGCAGAACAAAAAACUGAAUUUAAUAAUGUUCAAUACUUAAUGUUCUCUAUUUAUUACUUACUGCUUACUCGUAAUGAUCUGGUAGGGAAACAUGAUUCAUUCACUUAAAAUACUGAUUAAGCCAUGGCAGGGUACUGACUGAAGAUGCAAUCCAACCAAAGCCAUUACAGUUUUCAAGAUAGAUGGGACUCCCUGGAUAGUUGAACCUCUUCACUUUAUAAAAAAGAGAGAAAAUCACUGCUGUAUACUGUACCUCACAGACUAGAUGAAAAGAUGGUUGUAAGCUUUGGGAAUUAAAAACAAAUACAUUUUAGUAAAUAUAUAUUUUUAAACAGUC